AGACUAUUUUUUUUAAUCUUCGUUCUUUUUUUUCAAACUCUUAUUAUACUUGCAUACGUGUUUUCCUAAACACGGAACACCGUGACGUACGAUUUCACGGGGACGACAAAUUACAAAGGAUUGUCAAAUGUUUCCCGAGGGGUGACGAAUCGAGAGCAAACACAUGUCCUCGACGAGAUCCCGCCCCCCGUUCAUAGGACGAUCGUAGGAAAAUCAUUGGGAUUUGGCAGGAGGGGCGAUCGUUUUCGGGGGUGACGAUUAUUAUUUUCCUAUUGGCGCACACGUUACACCACGUUUCCAUUGCGAAAGCGGAGGGAAAGAGAGAACCCUCGAAGAACGAUUACGUGGGAUAGAGGUAAACGGAUAUUGUACAACGCAAAAGUUAUACCGUAUCCCUUGUACCGCCUCUGCAACAAACAAACGAGCGAUUCAUUCGCUCGUUGAAAUUGCGCGGGCAAGGGAAAAUCGAAGCACAUUUUCCACGAAAGCGGGCAUUUGGAAAAUUACAGUCUUGCAGGCUGUAACUGUUAGCCGUUCAAUUUGCCGACUCUCGUUUUGCCUACGCGCAAUAGGAAUUUCAUCAGCCUUCGUUUAAGCGUCGAUCGAGUUUUGCACCGAUUUAUCUCUCUCUCUCUCUCUUUUAAAUUUAAACUUUUUAAACUUUUUCCCAAGCAAGUUGAUAUAUUAAAAAGAAUCGAAAAGAUAAAAUUUAAGUAUUAUUCUGAUACCUUUAAAAUAGACAAAGUUGAUUUUAAUUUUAAUGGAAAGACACAAAAAUAAAAGAAGAAGGAAAGAUGAAAUGGCUGCGCUCCUUUACGUAAUCGGCGGCGUUAGCGUAUGCAUAAUCCGAUAUCCGACGUCCAAUAGGAGAUUGCGAGACCGUUUCUCCCUUUCACGAUCCGGCUGUCGCGUCGAAUACUUGGGAAUCGGAUCGAAACACCUCCUGACGUGGGCAACGGGCCGCGAAAUGCGCGGUGGCGCGGCUCACAAUCGGGACGGGGAAAAACAAACAAACAAAAGUGGCAGGUGGGGUGGCACAAAGGGGAAGAAAAAAUGCCUUUUAAUUGCCGAACAAUGGAUCCGCUGCGUGCCACACCUUCACACGCAUUUACCGGAUUACUCACGGCUUGACGAUCUUGGCGAGUCAACGUCUUACCUCGGAAAUAGCAAAAAGAUAUCAACAGUGCAAUAUCGAUUUGCCAACUAUUUAAGAGAUUAAACAUACGCAUAUAAUUUACUCGUCGAAUAUCACGUGUAUUAGAUGGAAUAAUGGAUUUCUCGGAACAGGAGAUAUUUUCCAGCAAUAUCGAUUGAUUGCGAAGACCGCGAUCGAAUCGGCCGCCAUCGCUGAAACGGCCGCCUCCGCGGCAGUCGUCGUCUCUUUUUACGCAGCAGUUUCCUCGAGGCUGCCGCUUCUCCUCCGUCUUCUUCUUCCUCUCUUGGACGACGGCGCGCUGAGAGACGGACGGUUCAUUAUAACGAGAGGAGGCCUCUCGUAUCGGAAUCGAUCACCCGGCUCGGUGGGCGUACGCUCGACGAAGGAGGUCCUCUCUGCGGGUCGGUUGACGCGCAACGUUUCGACCGGCUCGACGAUAUAACGCCUUGGAUUUUAUUCAAUAACGAUGAUCGUUAAGGUCGAGGCCCCGAGGGGGGCGGGUCGCGGCCCUUCCGACAUUCGACGCCAGACACGUGCUCUCUCUCUCUCCGCUUUCAACGCCAAACUUCACCGCCAACUUCCUCCUCCAGCUUAUUAACGAUGGAUCGUCUCCCGAUAUCCGCCUUUCCAUUUCUCCUUUUUGUUUCUUCGUUCCUCGUUAGAACGCAUCCUCCAACGCUCUUUUAAUUGGCGGACAUCUUGUAACUUGCUGUAAUAUUUGUUGAAACGUGUCGAAAGAAAUUCGGGAUGGAAUCAUAUUCGAUUAAUAAUUACGUCUUCUCUUGGCCAAUCAUCUUGUAAUAAUAAUAAUAAUAAUAUAAGACUAUUUCUCUCGUCGA